CGCCUACGUGGGGCCGGGUUGGGGCGACAACUGCGAUGCUGCCUUCUGAUUGGCCAGUGGGAGCUGUCAAUCCGCGUUGCCGGGUGGAUCCCAGUGUGUGAUAGCGGAUUGUGCACAAUGGAUGCAGCUACUCUAACAUACGACACCUUGAGGUUUGGCGAUUUUGAAGACUUUCCAGAAACAACAGAACCUGUUUGGAUUUUAGGAACAAAAUACAGUGCACUCUCAGAUAAAGAUGAGAUCUUUGCAGAUGUUACCUCACGACUUUGGUUUACAUACAGGAAGAAUUUCUCUCCCAUUGGAGGCACAGGACCCACCUCUGAUAAUGGCUGGGGCUGUAUGUUGCGGUGCGGACAAAUGAUCUUCGCCCAGGCUCUUAUCUGCAGACAUUUGGGUCGAGACUGGAGAUGGGCAAACAGGAAACAGCAAAGGGAUGAAUAUUACAACAUAUUGAAUGCUUUUCUUGACAAGAAAGACAGCUACUACUCCAUUCAUCAGAUAGCUCAAAUGGGUGUCGGAGAAGGGAAGUUGAUUGGACAGUGGUACGGUCCAAACACUGCAGCGCAAGUAUUGAAGAAGCUCACAUUCUUUGACAACUGGAGCUCGUUAGCAGUUCAUGUUGCAAUGGAUAAUACAGUAAUAAUUGACGACAUCAAAAUGUUGUGCAAGUCUGAGAGUCCAUGUGCAGGGGCAACAGCAGCAGCAUUCCCGCAAACUGAUGGUCAGAGGCCGUUCAAUGGGUAUCCAUCAGGAGCAAAUUACUCAGAAGACACAUUAGCAUGGAAACCAUUAGUGUUGCUAAUACCUCUAAGGCUGGGACUCAGCGAGAUCAAUGAAGCAUACAUCAAAACACUGAAGAAAUGUUUCAUGAUGCCACAAUCUCUUGGAGUCAUCGGUGGAAAACCCAACAGUGCCCAUUAUUUCAUUGGAUAUGUAGAAGAUGAACUGAUCUACCUUGACCCACAUACAACACAGCCUGUGGUGGAGCCAUUUGAGGACUUUUCUAUUCCAGAUGAGAGCUUCCACUGUCAGCACCCACCUUGUAGAAUGAGCAUCUGUGACCUGGACCCUUCCAUCGCAGUGGGCUUUUUCUGCAGCACAGAGGAGGAUUUUAACGACUGGUGUAAAAGAAUGAAAAUGAUUUCACAGGAGAAGGAUGCGCUACUGAUGUUUGAGCUGAUGGAUUAUCAGACUGCUCGCUUCCCUGAUGUCCAUUGUCUUACUCCCGACUUUACAGAUUCCGAAAGGCUGGAACGAUUCUUUGAUUCUGAAGAUGAAGAUUUUGAGAUCCUCUCGUUAUAAAACAGGACCAUUUUUGAGUUUAAUUUCUCGAGAGCAAAGUGUUUGGUGAUUCUCAUGCUGCCAAUAUUCUGAAGGAUUGGCAAAUUGGCACAGGUUUCAUGGAUUCACAUCAUUACCAUCAGUGCACUGGGAUCCUCAGAUGGUGCGCAAUGUUCUGGUCCCCACUGAGAGGAUAUAUCCCUCAUCUGUGAGCUCAGAUCAUCCUGUAGACUAUUUGAUGACUAAAUGCAAACCUGCCUCUGCUUUACCAACACAUAUUUAUCAUGUUCUUAAGCAACAGUUUUUUGUUGUACUUUAGAAAUGUAUUUGGAGGACAUCAUUUGAAAGCUCCUGGGAUUUUAUCCAGCAGCUUGUUCAUCAGUCCUGCAGCAACAGAAUGGUAUCCUGUUGGAGCAUCAAGAAAUAAAAAGGAAAAUUGGACAAGAUUGCAGGCAGCUUGGAUUCUCUGCUCUGUCAUGUCGACAAGAACUUGUGUUAAACCAUCUCUCUUCAUACUAAGUUGGGUCCAUUAAACCCGAGUUAGACAGAGAAUUGUAGGUAAACCUCGGAUUGUUAACGUUCUGGUAUAGGAGGAUUUUCCUUAAAGGGGUGUGACUGCUGGCUUCCUGUAUAAUUGGGGUGAUUCAUUUCCUCUUAAAGGGGUAUGACCAAUUGCCUUUGUUAGCUUAUGCUCUCUUAAUGGGCUUGAAACAAACCAAUUUGACCAGUGUGUGGUAAGAAGAAAAGGCUACACUGUGGUUCACCUGUAUUUAACAAGAAGGAAAGGCCACACUGUGGUUGACUAUGUUUGGUGAGAAGGAAAGGUCAUGCUGUCUUGUGGAUUAAUUAUCGUGUUCAAUUUUGUUCUGUUUAUAAGGGCAGGUUUGGGAGGCAGAGAGAGUAGCUCAACAGUGCCACUACCACUAAUCUUACAAUUGUUUUUGGAUCUUAAUAUGUGUUGGACUUGAUCCAAAUUAAAUUGAGGACCAAAUGACAUGCAUCAGUCCUUUAGAGCAGGUUACUGAAUCAUAAUCAGGGACAUAAGCAUAGUACAAGUCCCAGCCCUGUCUACUGGCUCCCAGUUUCACCAUGCCUACAUUUAGCUAAUGGAGGUAAUGAUGCUGAUGAACAGAUGGGCCCAGUUUGAUGUCUGUCCCAAUGUAUUCUUUCUGACUAUAUUUGAAGAAGAGCCUGCUAUUAAUAUGGGGAGGAGGGGAGUGAUGACAGAUGACUUAACUUCCAAUGGACUCCAUAUUCAUUAGAAGGGAGGUUGUUUGCUGCUGUAUUAAAGAGUAGAAAUAGUAAAGCACAAUAGUAAAUAGUAUUGGUUGCCAUUAAACCCACAAAAUAUUUCAGUUAACCAGUUCAUAUAAUUAACAUAUAAUAUGAACUGUUUUAAUUGUAUGAAGUAUAUUUGCUGCUGUUGACAUUGUGAUUAUAUCAGAUUAUUGUUUUAAUAACUUAUCAAUGCAUAAAAACAUUCAAGCAAAUAAGUGUUUAUUGGUGUGAGAUGAAGAGAGGGGUAAAGAAUAUUACUACAACUUUAGAUACUAAAUUCUUUUAGUCAGUCCUCCCCAAGUUAUUAACCUUUUUAGAAAAGAGGCUGGUGCUGGCUAUCUGCCAUGUUAAUAGGGUUGCCAUGGUUUUGUGUCAAGAUUGACUGUGACAGCUUGUUUAAUACAGGUGACAGUUAAUAGGGAUUUGGACAUGUUCUCAACUUCAUUGAAAAGGAAAGUACAAUUAUUGUGGAAAAGGGCCAAUUCUGCCAGCCCAUUUAUAGUUACUGUAAACUAGCACCUAUUUUGAAGAGGCUGACAAAUGGACUGCUGAAAUUAUAAUGUAUCUGAAUAAAUUGUUUAAAAUAAUGGAA